AUGCUAUGUGAUCCAGUUAUUGUCAACAUUUGCCCUAACAGUUACACGAGAGAGAUACGUACUGGUGAUCAUUUUGUAUUGGCACCUUUCAAGCUUCUUGAACCAGCAUAUCUGAAAGGAGUGAAAUUGUUCACAGAACAGACCGUGGAAGUUACAUACAUGUUCUACUUUUCGGAUUCUGCGGAAAUUGACAAACUUGAUCCAGAACACGUAAAGCCAGUAUGCCCUGGUGGUGCUAUUCCCUACGGGAUCCCACAAGUGAUGCUAUGUGAUCCAGUUAUUGUCAACAUUUGCCCUAACAGUUACACGUGUGUCGAAGCGGCUAAUGGACACUUGCUCCCCAGGGAUGCUCGAUCCCUCUGCUGUAAAACUUCAACACUGUACUCAUUUGCGUCGGUAUUUGGGGAAGUGCAGUUGUCUCCACGAAUCGUUCCAAAUCCACCUCUCUCAGCCAUAGAAUACGUAGAGAUACGUACUGGUGAUCAUUUUGUAUUGGCACCUUUCAAGCUUCUUGAACCAGCAUAUCUGAAAGGAGUGAAAUUGUUCACAGAACAGACCCGUGGAAGUUACAUACAUGUUCUACUUUUCGAUCCACUUUCGGCAACAGAAACCAUGCAGCUAUACUAUGACCGAGUUGCAGAAGGUGAUCGUUAUGUGGAUCUGGAGAAACCAAUCGAGGACGGAGGAUUCAUUUCGAAACGAAUUUUCAACGCGCCACCAAUAACGAACAUUGAAAAUCCAAAGCGACCUGGACCAAUCAAAGAGUAUCGGAAACGAUGGGUGGUGCUGGUUUUCAAGACGACGGAUCCUCUGACUCGACUCUAUGUUUUCUCCACAAGUGAUCUUCACGCCAAAUAUAGGACUGUGACUGAAUUUUUGAAAUCAGACACUGGUCGUCGACUAGGAACACCAGUGGCUGGCACAUUCUUCUUUCUGACUGCUGAUUGA